UUUGCAUGGAAUGGGUUCAAUGCAAUUUGUCUAAAGGAAAAAAAAAUAGUGUAACAACCACUAUAAUUGAAGAAAAUGAAAUUGGAUCAAAAUACCCAGAACAUUUAUUAAUUUCUGACAUAGCAGGCAACCUCUAUGCUUUCUUAAUUGAUUCAAAUAGUUUUUUGAAGCCUGGUACAAUGAUUGAGCCUGGAAUUUUGUUAAAACCUCCUGUAUACCUUACAUGCAAGUUAAACAUUGCAUUACAAGUAGACAGUGAUGGUAAUUUGUUUGUGUGGGAUUUAAGUAACCAUAUGGACAAACAAAAGCAACAUAUUAAUCGUUUGGAAAUACGAAAAUUAAAAUUUGCUCCGGGUGCUGGGAAUUUCCGAUUUUUAUGUUUGUCAUCAGAUGGCAUUGACAUUUUUAAUGUUUUUGGGUCUCCUCAAUCUAUUGAACUAAUUUCGACAAUGAAGACAGAUAAAAAGUUACAAAUUAUUGAUGCUGAUUGGGCUAGUGCUGAACACACUGUAAUCAUGUUUAAUGAUCAUUCUAUUCGAGUAUUUGACCUUAAGCUUACAAAGUCUUACUCUUCAAUAUACAAUUAUGAAUUUGAUGAUUUACUGGGGCCUCCUGUAAUUUUAGAUCGUGAUUUAUGUAAGAUGUUUUACUUUUGGCUUUCAGCUACUUGUAAAAAAGUUUAUAGCACAGAACUUGGUUUUAAUAAUUAUGAAUUAUCCUUGAUCAAAAAUGCCUGUCAUUCUCUACCGUGGACAGAACUAGAAUUAUGUACAAAAAUAGCUGAACGAUCUUUAGUAGUAUGUCAAUCACUUGGACUGAAGAAUGAAGUCCAAUUUUGGACAGUGGCUUUUCAUUACAUCAUGAUGGGCGAUGAUUAUGCAACAAGUGUUGUCCCUCCUUUAGACUCUUGUUAUGAUGUUGUAUGUGACUGUGCUACAUAUCGAAAAAUACAAUUAGAACGAGUCUUAUUACAUGAAUGGAAAAGUGGUGACUAUAUGCAUAUGAGGCGGGUCGCCGAUAAAUUUAUAUUACUUGGAGAAAAAACAAGAGCAUUAGACUUGCUUUUAGCAACCAAUGUGAAUGAUCCAAAUUUAUUAUACUGACGCAUUGAAGGCUUGUUUGAUUGCAACUGUGGAUUCAAAUACUGCUAAUCAGAGUACAAUUAAACUGGUUGCAGCUAAUCUUAUUGCAGAAAAUAAAAUUGAUGAAGGUAUUCAACUGUUAUGUAUGAUUGGCAAAGGAUCACAAGCUUGC